AUGACCAGUUCGUCACAGCCCCUAACCAGGACUCUUAUCCUCGCAUUGACCCAGACCGAGGAACUUCAACGCCAUAUCGAAGAAAGCGCCGAGGUGAUCGAACAACUCCGUCGGGAGAAUGAAAAGCUCAGGCUGGAACUGGAAGAAUUGCGUCAGGCACGAAACUCUGAACAACCGAAUCGUUCUUUCCAGCUAGACGACUUGUUCAGAAAAGAUGCUGAAAAGCAAGCCAAGAUUGAUCAUCUGAAAUCGAAGCUUCAAAUGGUCCAAGCAAAGGAGAGGAAAUGGCGUCUGAAGACCCCUCACCUGUCGUCUCCUAUAACCUCUUCUGACGAGGCUGAUCCCCAUAUGAACCCUGGCACUACGUCCCGAAAGCGGCUUCGCAGCAAAAGCCCAGAAACAGAACCAUCGCCGCUCAGGAGAAUUUCCCCAAACUUGCCAGCCGGAGGAAAUCUCACACCUAGGAGCUUUGGUGAUCGGGGAGCGGAUGCCAUUCCUUCGAUUGCGGAGGAUGGGGAGGAUCACAUUCGAGGUCAAUCUGAUUCGAUAGCUCAGAGGUCUUGCGAGGGGAAUGAAGCAGGUUCGCCCCGGCAGCGUCUCCAGACAUUACUUGCUGCUCCCGCUCCCGCUCCCACUCCUCUGCUUCCGAGGGCGAAAUCCAAUUCCCUCAGUCCGAGGAUGGCGCCCUUACAGGAUCAAGUGAAACCCGAAACAUCUCUACCCCUUCCGAAUGUAAAUCCCCUCACUAUUGUAAACAAUAAUUCAGUGAGAAAGCCCCUGCUCCUGCCGCCAAAACUAUGCUUGACUGCAGAACCUGAGGAUCAGGAGCCUCUGCGUUCUAGGCCAGUCAACUGUCUCAGCCUUUCACACUUCAAAGUCGAUCCAGAACGUACUGGCGGCUACGAUCAUGUCUACGACAAAGUGGUUCGUGGUGGAGAAGCUAGGAAAUGUUUGCCUGGCUGUAUGAGACCUGAAUGUUGCGGCGGGAAGUUGGCAGCCACCCUCCCUGCUGAUCCCCACUUAUCAGAUGAUGUUCUGCUACUGGAUUUCUUGGGUACCGAAUCGGAGGCUAGGAUACGAUCUUUGACACCUUUGGCGAGGAUGAAUCUUGUGCAUGAAGCCCGUACAAAAAGGCUGGCGGAUUUGUAUGGAAAAAUGCCCCCGACAGCAUUCGAACGGGCACAAAGCCCGCCGGGAUUCUGGAACACUGACAUGCCAGGAACUCAAGAAAACAAGGAGGACCAGGAGCAGGUCAGACUGAGGGAACAGGAGGAAGUGGAGAGAAGAUAUCGAGAGGCUCAAAGGGAGAAUGGACAGUGGCUCUUCGCGGACGAAUAA